AGCAUGUCCACCUACCGCCUUGUGAUGGUUCGGCAUGGAGAGAGCACCUGGAACCAAGAGAAUCGCUUUUGUGGCUGGUUCGAUGCAGAACUGAGUGAGAAGGGGACAGAGGAAGCAAAGAGAGGGGCCAAGGCCAUUAAGGACGCCAAGAUGGAGUUUGACAUCUGCUACACUUCAGUGCUCAAGCGGGCCAUCCGCACCCUUUGGACCAUCCUGGACGGUACAGAUCAGAUGUGGCUGCCUGUAAUCCGCACCUGGCGCCUCAACGAGAGACACUACGGUGGUCUCACGGGUCUUAACAAGGCAGAGACAGCAGCAAAGCAUGGGGAGGAGCAAGUGAAGAUCUGGAGGCGUUCCUUUGACAUCCCGCCACCCCCGAUGGACGACCAGCACCCCUACUACAAUUCCAUCAGUAAGGAGCGCCGCUAUGCAGGCCUGAAGCCGGGAGAGCUGCCUGCUUGUGAGAGCCUCAAGGACACCAUCGCCAGAGCCCUGCCCUUCUGGAAUGAGGAGAUUGUCCCCCAGAUCAAGGCUGGCAAGAGAGUGCUCAUUGCUGCCCACGGAAACAGUCUCCGAGGCAUUGUCAAGCACCUGGAAGGAAUGUCAGACGCCGCCAUCAUGGAGCUGAACCUGCCCACGGGGAUCCCCAUCGUGUAUGAGCUGGACCAGAAUCUGAAGCCCACCCAACCCAUGCGGUUCCUCGGUGAUGAGGAAACUGUGCGGAAGGCCAUGGAGGCUGUUGCUGCCCAGGGCAAGGCCAAGUGACCGGUGGGUUUUGGCAAAUAAAGACACCUCCUCCC